AUGUCUUCUCCACAGAAAGAGGCCUUCAGCGCACCUACGUCGAUAUCACAUGCUGCUCAGGGCCAGGCGCCCUCCAAGAACUUGGGUGUCAGAUAUAACUGUGCGCAGUGUGGAGCUAGCUUCACUUUGGGAAAGACUGAUUCGAUCAGAUGUAAGGAGUGUGGCCACCGUGUGAUCUACAAGGCCAGAACCAAGAAGAUGGUUCAAUUCGAGGCUCGUUAG